AUGGCAUACCCCGCGUCCCUCAAGAUGUCGUGCUCUCAGCUGGUCCUAGACCGGCUCGACCCCUUGGUCCAACCGGGCGUGACGGGCACGUCGCACCUCCACCAGAUCGUCGGCGGCAACGCCUUCAACGCAACCAUGGACCCGGCCGGCGGCCCGGCAGAACGGUCGACCUGCACCACGUGCACCUUCACCGACGACUUCUCCAACUACUGGACCGCCGCCAUGUACUUCCAAGCCCGCAACGGCUCCUACAAGCGCGUCAAGCAGCUCGGCGCCCUGUUCCACGAAGAGGCCCGCGGCGGCGGCAUGACCAUCUACUACUUCCCGCAGUUCAUCGAGCCCGAAAAAGUCAAGAUCCGCGCCUUCGCGUCCGGCUUCCGCAUGCAGAUCGGCCACCCGGACCUCACCACGCCGGCGGUACCCCCCCUCGCGACCGAAGCCGGCGAGCCGAGCCCGCUGCACGGCAUCACCUACACAUGCCUACUGCGCGACGACACGCGCUUCACCAACCUCAGCUUCGCCUUCCCGGCGGGCCCCUGCCCGGAGGGUAUCCUCACUACGCUGUCCUUCCCGCCCUGCUGGGACGGCCGCAGCCUCGACAGCGCCGACCACCGCAGCCACGUGGCCUACCCGGCCGCCGGCGCCGACUACCACCAGGGCGCCACCUGCCCGCCCUCCCACCCGGUCAACAUCCCGCAGGUCGCGCUCGAGAUCCGCUGGGAUACCCGCCCGUUCAACGACCCGGACCUGUGGCCGGUUGAGGAGGGGCGCCAGCCGUUCGUGUGGAGCUUUGGCGACCGCGUGGGCUACGGUCACCAUGCGGAUUAUCUGUUUGGCUGGCGCGGGGAUGCCCUCUCCCGCACGUUUGACCGCGACUGCUCGAGCAAUGACCAGCUCUGUAAUUUGCCGGUGCAGACCAUCUCCGAGGCGAACGAGUGUGCGCUGCAGCGGGAGGUGGAGGAGGAGGUGGAUGGGUGGAUGGAUACGAUGCCGGGUGGGGUGGUGGCGCGGGACUGGGUGGCUUCGGGUUGA